AUGGCGGACCUCAAGCGAUGCGCAGAGCUGCCAAACGAGUUGAAGCUAAUGAUCUGGAAGUACAUGGUUCCACCGCGUAUAGUCGAGGUUGCGGAACCAUUUGACCCAGACACACUACCCGAAGACCUUAGGAAAUCCUGGGUGCUCAAUCGCAAGUAUCCCACAAUGGCUCAUGUCUGUCAAGAAACCCGCAAAAUAGCUUUGGCCAAGGUCAAUUCCGCAGGAAUUCCCGUCGAAUCGGAUAAUCUUGACCCUCGGUGGUGCUGGAAAAGCACCGAGAUAAUCCACUUCAACAACCCCAAGGAUUUCCCAGAAGAAAGCAACCAAGCGACACAAGAAUAUCAAGAGCGCCUAAUCAACUUGGAGAUGGCUCCCUCCCUGGGAUUGACGGUAUCUUUUAGUGCAGAUGUGCUCCAUCCUUUUCUCCCGUUCCGUCAGCCAUCGGUCCCGCGAAUGCUCAUAUGGGAUGAGUUUAUGUCGCUGAAUUCAUGCAUCGUUUCACUUUGCACCAUCCCGAUUCGGGCUACCAAUGAGCAAUCCCGUACGCGGGGCCUCUUUGGCGGGGGCGAAGAGCCAGCGAUGCUGGUCAAUCCUUUUGACGAUUCAUUGAUCGAAAGGUAUAAAGCCCUCUGGAUGGACACGAACCCCACCGAGGACACAGACCGGGCUGGAAUAUCUUUCUUUGAAUCGGUUGGCACCACACUAUUCGCCUCCCGUACUGAGAGAUGGCUCUCGGAUAUCGCCAUCAAAUGCCUGGAGUAUAGAUAUAUCGAACAUAAUUUCACGGUCGUACCCCCUGGACUGUGUGAUAUGAUCAGAGCACUCACCCUCCAUCCAGACUUCAGGCACUUCCCCGAGGCUCAACCGUUUCUCCAAGGGUUCCCGCAGCUAGGGCAGAGUCGAUGGGAAUUGAUAAAGUACCUUGAUCUCAACCACGAGGAGCUUGGUCCCAUCUUCGCUUUCUACAAUAUGACAAUGUCAAUCUGUCUGAGCGAUUCCCCCAUGAUCGGUGGUAAAGGCCGCGGCGGCGGUGGUGCUGGCCGUACGCGCUCUAUGUGGCAAGAUUUGACCAGAGAGAACGAGAAGUUUGAACGCUAUUACAAUGAACUUGAUAUUCUUCCGGAGGAGGAACGGGAGCUCUUCUGGGCAACAAUGCGCAGAGAUCUCCCCAACAGUUUCCGCUUUACUGGGUCUCGAGGACAUGCGCUGGCUGUUCAGCAGCGCCUCAAGGACCACCACAUUCCCGAAAUCACAUCUAUCAAGUACGAGGACGAAUUCGUCGAGCCGCCGCGCCCUGUCACCUGGUACCCUGAUCAGCUCGCUUGGUCUAUGACCACCCCUAAAAAUGUCAUCCGUCGAUUUGCGCCCUUUGCCUCGUUCCAGAAAUUCCUUGUUGCAGAGACCGACGUUGGAAACAUUAGUCGCCAGGAGGUUGUCAGCAUGAUUCCUCCUCUCCUCAUUGAUGCCCGGCCUGGAAUGACUGUGUUGGAUAUGUGCGCCGCACCGGGCAGCAAGUCUGCGCAGCUCAUGGAAUUGCUCCACGCAGGCGAAGAAGACGCUAUUGCGCAGGUCACGGAACAAAUCAAGAACGGUCCUGUUGGACCCGAGCCCCUCGGCCCUGAAGGAUUGAAUGACGACGGCCGAAGCACUGGCCUCCUGAUUGCCAACGACAGCGAUUACAAGCGUGCCCACAUGCUUAUCCACCAGAUGAAGCGCCUCAGCUCGCCUAAUUUGAUUGUCACCAAUCACGAUGCCACAAUGUUCCCCUCCAUCAGACUACCUCCUCUGCCUACUACAGAUGGCAGCAAGCCCCAGAACAGAUACUUGAAGUUUGACCGCAUUCUUGCAGACGUCCCUUGCUCAGGCGAUGGUACCGCACGGAAGAACGUUGGUGUCUGGAAAGACUGGACCCCUGGCAAUGCUAUCGGACUUUACAGCACGCAGGCACGCAUUCUGGUCCGCGCCUUGCAGAUGCUCAAGGUUGGCGGACGCGUUGUCUACUCAACCUGCAGUCUCAACCCCGUGGAGAACGAGGCUGUCAUUGCCUCUGCCAUUGAGCGUUGCGGUGGUGCCGCCAAUGUCAAGAUCAUCGACUGCAGCCAGGAGUUGCCCGGCCUCAAGAGAUCCCCUGGCUUAAAGAGCUGGAAGGUCAUGGACCGCGAAGGCCGCUUAUGGAACAACUGGCAGGAAAUUGAGCAGCACCGAGACCAAGAAGGCAUCAACGGCCUUGCCAGACUUGCAGAGGGCAUGUUUGCUCCGACUGGCGAGUGUGCCGAACUGCCACUUGAGCGAUGCAUGCGUGUUUACCCCCACCAGCAGGAUACUGGUGGUUUCUUCAUCACUGUGCUUGAGAAGACCUCCGAGAUCAAGGCCAAGCCGGAGAGCAGCAACGUGAUUCCCAAGGCUUCUGUUGCAGCCCUUGCCGCGGAGCUUGAUGCUAAGAAAGAUGGCGCAGAGGGGCCCCUUCUGGAGAAGCUUGACACUCUGGAUGAGCUUGUCACCCCCGACGAGGAGGCUCAGACGGAGAUGGCAAAGAACGCCACUGUCGCCGAGGCCUCUCACUCACUCCCUUAUUCUGCUACGCUCGAUGCCUCGACACCUGCCAAGCGAGAUGCGGAUGACCUCGAAGAAGAGCUUCCUGCCAAACGGACCAAGCUCGACGAUGGUAGCGAGGUCCUUAUCGGUGACCGACCUGUGCACGUCCCAGCACCUGCCGUAGGAACUGGCCUCGAUACACCUGGCGACAGCACACCUGCUACGUCCUCGGCUCCUACACAGUUCAAGAAGAGGGGCCCUCGUCAAGAGGAGCCCUUCAAGUACCUUGAUCCCAACCACGAGGAGCUUGGUCCCAUCUUCGCUUUCUACAAUCUGUCCGAGCGAUUCCCCCGUGAUCGCUUCAUGGUUCGCAAUGCGGAAGGUCUGCCCACCCGCACCGUUUACUACACCAGUGCGCUAGCACGCGACAUCCUUGUUUGCAACGAAGGCCAAGGAAUGAAGUUCGUCCACUGCGGUGUGAAGAUGUUCGUCAAGCAGGACGCACAACGCGAGAACAUCUGCAGAUGGCGUAUUCAAACCGACGGCCUGAAGAUUGCCGAGCCGUGGCUGGGCCCCGAGCGGUCCGUCAUCCUGACCAAGCGGGAGACCCUUCGCCGUCUUCUUGUGGAGAUGUUCCCUAAGGUCAACGACGAUGGCUGGAAGGCUCUUGGCGAGAUCGGCGAGCGUGUCAAGGACAUCCCCAUGGGCUGCAGUAUCCUCCGCGUUGAAGCACUCGGUGGAGAGGAUGGUCUCAACGAGCGGAUGGUUCUACCGCUCUGGCGAUCCCUCCAUUCCCUCAACCUCAUGCUCCCCAAGGAAGAGCGCCGCGCCAUGCUGCUACGUAUCUUCAACGAUUCCACACCCCUCAUCAACACCACACAGAAGCAGGGCGACUUGGCCGAGCCGACUGCUGAUGCCGAGGACGUCGCAAUGAAGGAGGAGAACGCCGAGCUUGGACAGGUAGCGCAGGAGGUCGUGGACGAUCGUGAGACUUACACCAAGGAUGGCGAUGAAGAGGACCGAUUCAACACCACCGUUUAG